AUGUUAAAUCCAAAUAAGACCACGUUUCUUCUCAUAUGGCCAAGAUGUUUUAUAACAUUUAUAGCUAUUCUUGAACUCUUAGCUGUUAUUAUGUUUUUUCUAACAGAACUUUGUAGUGUAGCAGCUAAUUUUUGGACAACAAAUGUAUUUGCUGGUGGAUGGUGUGGAUUAGUUGCAUUAAUUCACGUAAUAGCAUUGUUUGUUACUGGGCUAUGUUUACCUGGACCUGCAUCUGCAUUUCGUGCUGCUCUAAUUACAAUGCUUCUUUUUAUAGCUUGCGCUGCAUUAAUUUCAUUUGAUAUUGUUUUUCUUAUUCGACCUACCACAUGUAUAUUAACACCAUCAUGUGCUGACAAUGCUGUAUCAACCACAAUAUUUAGUUAUAAUUUUCGACAAUCAUUUUUUCAAACAUUUAAUAGUUGGGGUCCAUUUACAUCAUAUACUGAAAGUCAAGUUAAAGUUCUUUGUGAAGCAAUACAAUUAGGUCUUGCUGGUUUAUGCUUUAUAAUUGGAGUUAUUUAUUUAGUUAUUUAUUUCGAAUGUUUAAGAAAAAUUAAAAAACAUCACCAAGUAGGACCUAAUGUACCAAGAAAUAAUAAUACGCCAUUAGGACCGCCAAUUACUCCUGCACAAAUUUAUAUGAGUCGUCCACCACCACACCCAUCUCAACAAGGCUACAUGGUUCCACCUCAGCCAGCUUAUUAUGCUCCUCCACCACCUGUUCAGCCAGCUUAUUAUGCUCCUCCACCACCUGUUCAACCAGCUUAUUAUGCUCCUCCACAACAAUAUCAACCAGCAUAUCCACGUUAA